GACAUGCGCCGCGCGGGCGCUGCCAGGCUGACCACCUACGGCAGGUCCGACUGGGCGCCCCCCAGCCUAGCCGCGGGCUCAGUCGCGGCACCUGGGGCGGCGGCGGACGACCAGGGCACCGACGCAGGCCGCGCCGGCAGCCCAGCAGCCCACGGGGCCGAG